AUGGAGGCCCUUCCGAGACUUCCUAUGUUGUCAUUUGAAUUGAAGCAUAGCCCAGAAUACGUCGAAUUUGGACCGGCAUUAAAACAGUAUAUCAAAGACCAUUAUGGAGAAGAUCCAGCUCUCUAUAACAAAGCUUGCACAGAACUAGAGCAACUGAGACAAGCAGCUUUACAAGUGAGCAGAGAUUUUAUGGGAUGCACCACUUUAAAAAAGUACUAUGCACAGCUACAGUAUUUACAGGGGCGCUUUCCAAUGGGAGAAGGUGGAGAGGCAGCCAUUGCAUUUACCUGGGAAGAUGUGCAGACAGGCAGGGAUCAUGUCAAAAGUGACAUCAAGUUUGAGCAGGCUUGCAUUCUGUACAAUAUCGGCAGUCUGCAUUCGCUGUUGGGGGCGUUGGACACAAGGCACAAUGCUGAGGGGAUGAAGAUUUCCUGUACUCACUUUCAAUGUGCUGCUUGGUCUUUUGAACUGUUGCGCAACAAUUUUAUCAGCUCGUCAAUGAGCACUGAUAUGAGCUUCGAGUUGUUGAAUUUUCACAUCUAUCUCAUGUUGGCACAAGCCCAGGAAUGUAUCCUGGAGAAGUCUAUCAUUGACAACAGGAAAAACAGCAUCACAGCCAAAGUGGCGGCCAAAGUUGUUGAAUUCUACAAGGACACCUGCAAUCUCAUAGAUCAAGCAGAUCAGAAACAACAGAUUAAUUCCAGAAUGCACAAGGAAUGGGGAAGGCGAUUGAUCAUGAAAUCUGCCUUCUACCAGAGUGUGACAUACUAUUUCCUUGGGCGUGAUGCAGAAGAAGGAGAGAAACCAGGAGAAUGUCUGGCCUACUUCACUGCUGCAAGAGAUGAACUGAAUCGAGCCAUCCAACUAGCUAAAAAUGAAGUACCUGAAGUUAUUGAGUGUUUACAAUUUGCCAAAGAUGUUGUUUUAGGAAAGUACGAGUCAGCAAAGAAAGACAAUGAUUUUGUGUACCAUGCCAAAGUUCCAGCUUUAGACACUCUCCCAGAAAUCAAAGGAGCUUGCUUGGUUAAAGGCAUUCCAUUCAACCCAGCCGACAAAGACAUCUCAGGGCCAGACAUCUUCCAGAAGCUGGUACCCAUGGAGGCGCACGAGGCCUCGUCAGUUUACAGUGAAGAGAAAGCCAAACUAUCAAGGGAGGUUGUUGGUGAUAUAGAAAGAAAGGAUGCUGAGCUAGAGCAGUUCCUUUCAUCGCUAAACUUGGAUAUGGAACAGCUGACUCCAAAACCUGACCUUAUCCCUGAGAACCUGAUGGAGAAAUGUGCAGCCAUGAGUGUCAGAACAAAUGCCAUUAAAGAACUGACAGACUCUAUGGGCCGUGUGUCAGGUCUGGCUACAGAAGUGGAGAUCAGCCUGGGGGAAAUAAAACAAAUGAUUGAAGAUGACAAUGAGAAAACUGAGCAGUUUGAGAAACAGUAUGGCAAGAAAAACCCCAGCUCUGUUCUGCCGAGUCUUGCGGAAGAAACGGCCAACUAUCAGAAACAACAUGAGGACGGGAGCCAGCUGAACGCAACACUUCACAAAGCUAUGAACACGCACAUCAACAACUUGAAGAUACUGGUGCAGUCCCCUGCUGAGAUUCAAGCCCUUCUGCCACCAUCUAACCCUACUCUAUCUGUCGAAGAUGAAGCCAUCGUGAGUGAAAUACGUCGCCUGCUGCAGAAGGUGAAUGACAUGAAGGAACAGAGGAAGACACUGCUCCACCAGUUCAGGGAGAAGAUUCACACGGAUGACAUCACACAUGUGCUGGUCACACAGGAAGUCACAGAUAAGGCUGCUGUGUUCAAGGAACAGCUGAAGAAGCACGACCAGGUGGUGGGCUACAUCAGACAGAACCUGAUGGCACAAGACAACAUUCUGCGUCACCUGACAGACACACAUGCCAAGUUUGCUACAAUACGCCAGGCUUUUAAUGAUGCCUCCACCAGGAGGGAGAAGAUGGUCCAGGACUUGAUUUUGUCUUAUGAGAAGUACCAGGACCUACUGGCCAAGGCUGACAAAGGGGUGGAGUACUACAAGAAGCUGCUGGACAAUGUCUCCAGGACACUGGAGCGCUGCGGCAGUGAGUGUAAGGUGCGGCAGGAGGAGAGGGACAUGCUGCUCACUAAGUUCAUGCCUAAAGCUCCACCACCAUCCAGACCCCUGGCCCCUAAACCUGGGUCCAGCAACGCCGGGACACCAUCCACCCCCUUGAACCCUGACCCGGGUCUAGCAGACCCCAGCUUCUACAGCCUGCCUGACCCCGGUGACCUGACCAACCCAAUCAACUCUACUCCCCCUGCAGCCCUCCACAGCUUGCCAGCCAGCUUUGACGGGCCCAAGCUGAAGGAUUACCUCCCAUUCAUGAAAGCCAGGAGCUUCGGCCCCAAGCCUGCCGCCAUGCCUCAGAAAGACCUGGGCCCCGGCUCCCCCGGGGUGUACUCCAACAUGCCCCCCUUCACCCCCCUGGACAACCCUGAACCACAGAGGUUCCCCGGCCUUGACCCCAGCCUGGCCUCCGUGUUACCUGCCACGCUGGCCCAGUACCUGGCCACCAUGUCAGCUGGUGCCGUAUCCAUCGCUGGCGGGGCUCGGCCUUCACACCAAGGUCAAGGUCACAGCUCACCAAGACAUUCCCCAGCACCGAACGCCAACUCUGAGGUGCCCUCUGUCAACCAGAGCUACCCGGCAACGCCGCUGACCCAAAACUACCCACUGCCCACGUCAGCACCAGGCCAGUACAACUCUUCACAGAUAUACCAGCACAACGGCCACAUGUCUGGGGGGAAUCUGCAGAAAUUUGACGGCAUGAAUGUCGUAUCCUCCGCCAACCGGCCCAUUUUAUCGUCCGGAGCAGAUCCUGUGCACCAGCAGGCACCACAUGCUCAGCAGUUCCAGAUGCCUGCGGUGUCCAUUGGUCAGCUCCCCCAGCAGUUCAAGCCAUCGCAGGCCCCCAUGGGGUCUGGGCCGCCCCAGCAGUGGCCCCAGAACAACGGUGACCCAGCGAGCUUUCCCUCCCAGGGCCAGUUCUCUGCCCAUCAGAGCCAGAUGCCGACCAGCCAGAACCAGAUUCCCUCUGGUCAGUCAUCCAUGACCAACACGCCUACACAUUCGUUCGGGUAUACUGGCCAGUUUAACGGAAGGUCCAACGGACAGCAGGUCAACAAUCCUUACGGCCAACCUCAACCGCUGGCCGCACAAGGUCAAAGCCAGUUCCCAUCCGGACAGCAACAAAACUAUUCCAAUCCAGGUCAGAGUGGUUUCAUGGGGUCAGACCCCCAUCUGUACCCCUCCCAGCAAAUGGGAUCAGCUUAUCCACCAAUGUCAAGCGCUAACCAACCAAACGUAAACCAAACCAACUCCCCUCACCAAAGUCCAUCUCGGAACCUCCGCAAUGACGCCAGCAAGCCGGAGAGCGGCGUAGGAAACAGCUAUGUCAGGGACGAGGGUCAAGGACCCUCUGACGUCAGCCAGCAGUGGCAAGCGCAGACGACCGUCCACCAACAGGCCAACUACCAGGGGGGCUACCAGCACAGCGUGGACAAGAGCUACCAGACAGCGCAAUCCUCGGGGGGUACCUUCACCUCUACGGCUCUUGUGUACGGGCAGACGAGCCAGCCCAUAUCCACCCAGUCCUACGGCUUGUCCAACCCAUCUACGGUCAGUGUCCAGACAUACGGUCAAGUCACUCCAUUACCCAUGCCUGUGUCUACAGUCAGCAUACAGACGUAUGGGCAGGGGAAUCAGUUACCCAUGCAGUUGAAUAAAGGACAGGCUCAGUUUGUUCCUGGUCCGGUGGCAUUUCAGCCAGGGUUAGUUCCUCAGAAUGUGGGGGUUCCUAGCCAAGGCCCUCAGGGUCAGCAGUUGGGCCCUGUCCCCCAGCAGACAGGAGCCCUACCACAGCAGACCGGAGCCCUGCCACAUCAGCUAGUCCCUCAGUCCCAGCACCCAGCUUCUCAGUUCCCUGCACAACAUCCUCAACAACAAAUUCACCAACAACAGCAGCUUCCACAGCAACAGCCACAACUGCAACAACUUCAUCCCCAACAGCCUCAAGCACUUCCACAGCAACAACCUCAACAACUUCAUCAACAUCCUCAACCACAACCUCAGCAACAACCUAGUAUUCAGUAUCAGCAACCAAUGCAGAUACCAGGACCAUACCAACAAACUGGAUCACUACAAAUGGGCCCCCAGCCUCAGCAUUUUGGUCCACAACAAUUAGGUCAGCAACAACUGGGUCAGCAACAACUAGGUCAGCAACAAUUAGGUCAGCAACAACUGGGUCAGCAACAAUUAGGUCAGCAACAACUGGGUCAGCAACAACUAGGUCAGCAACAAUUAGGUCAGCAACAGCUAGGCUCACAACAGAUAGGUCCACAACAGUUUGGUCCACAACAAUUAGGUCCGCAACAAUUAGGUCCACAACAAUUAGGUCAGCAACAACUAGGUCAGCAACAGCUUGGUCCACAAAAACUAGGCCCACAACCCCAUAAUCACCAACCAGGCCUUCAACCCCAUCACGGCCAAAAUCAAUCAGGAUCACAACCCCAACCAUUCAACCCCCAACAACCAACCCCCUACCAACAACCCCCACAACCCUCUGGUCCACAGCCUCACCAACUACCCUUGGCCCAGCAGCCUGCCCCAGACCACCCAACCCUGUAUCAAAGCCACCCCGCCCCGCCCAACUCUUACAACCAACCCCAGCUUCAAGGCAACCUACAGCAGGUUGGACCCAACCCCAUGGCCAACCAGUCUUUCCCAGGUCAGAGCCUGACCACUGGGCAGCCACAACAUUAUCCGCAAUCUCACCUGGGGUUUCAUCAGCCGCCACCCAACAACCCAGCGCAGGUGUUUCAGCCAGGGCCCCAGCUGCAACCCCAGCUGCUGCAGCCGCAGGGUCCCUACAGCUCCCAGCCUCCAGCUUCUAGUCACCAGCUCAAUGUGUCAAAUACUCCAGUGCCACCUGUCAUCCACCAGUCCAUGGGAGGGAUCCAGGUGCCACUCCAGCCAAUCAAUGCUGCUAGUCCAAUGAGGACAGGGACACCUAGUCAAGUUUUAUCAAGACCUCCAACCCCUGCUAGUCAAGUCUCCAACAAUGCCCCGGCCACCCCGCCUUCACCCAGCAACAGCAAGAUGUCCAUCUCUAGGCAGAGCUCAUCACUAGAUGACAUUCUUUCAUCCAGCCCCAAUGGUGUUAAAGAUAGCAUCAUCACCCCACAAGUGCUAACAGACCAGGAGAGACAGCUACAGAAAGAGGAAGCCAUUAAGAAUCAGGUCAUGACCCCCACAACCCAGCCCUACACCAGCCCAGGUGCCCUCAACAAGCUGCUAUCUGAUGUUGAAACUUUUGGCAAAUUUGUUGACGACCUGUCCAUCACAAUACUGGGGGUCUCAAGGCUGGAUAAUGUUUGGAAGAGCCUUCUUGACAGUCAAGACGCAGCCACCAAAAAACAAUCCAUGGCCAUCGCUCGCUGUUACCCCAUGAAAAACAGGGACCCUGACAUUAUGCCUUAUGAUGAUACAAGAGUUAUACUCACCACAACCAAGGAUGAUUACAUUAAUGCAAGUUGGCUCAAUGACCUGGCGCCAUCUUGUCCCAAGUUCAUCACCACCCAGUCCCCCAUGUCCUUGACCAUGGGUGAGUUCUGGGCCAUGGUCUACGAGCAGGGGUCAGAGGUUCUGGUACAGAUAACAAGUGAAUAUGAGACUGGCAAGAAAUUUCCUGUUUACUACCCUACUGAGAAAGAUAAGAACUUUGAGCAGGGCAUCAUGUUGUUGUCCUUACAAUCUGUCAAGUUCAGACAACAUUGGGUGGAGAGAAUUAUUUACCUCAAAAAUGCUCAGACCAAACAAGGAAGAACUUUGGUUCACUUACAGUUUAAAAACUGGCCAGUCAGUGGGUUCCCAGAAGAUAUAGGAAGCAUUGUACAUUUUAUCUCCGAAGUGCAUAGUUUCUACCUCCAACAAAGAAGCCUUACAAAACCUAUCAUAGUGCAUUGUGGAUUUGGAACAGGAAGGACUGGUGUCUUUAGUCUAGUGUAUGCGGCCAUGCAAGAAAUUCUGCAUGGCAAUGGCCUGAUUGAUCUACCAGGGCUGGCUAAGCGCAUGCUACAGAAGCGUCGGGGCAUCCUGCACAAGAAAGAACAGUUGAAGUGUUGCUACGACGCUGUGCUUUGUUUCGCUGAGGAAUAUCUGGAAAAACGUGGUGUAUUGGUUAAGAACCCCCACUUCCUAAAGAAGCAGUUGACCCGUGGCUCUCCCAAACACCAGGCAAUGACUCCGGCAUCAGACGACAUCGUCUUGGGUACAGUUGACCUGCAGACCAUCCGGGAAAACGUCGGCAGGCUCCACAUCCAGCCCAGCUACCCUGACCAGAAGGAGGAGCCCGCGGAGCCACUGAACCAGAACCUGAGCAAAAGAUCUUUAGAGAGCCUGUCCUCCAUUGGCAGUUUACCGGAUGUUGUGCAGCAGUACGGGGACUCGCAGAAUUCCGGACUGGGGGAAAGGUUAGGGAGCUGCAGUUACAGCAGUGAUUUGUCCAGCAUUGGGCUUCAGAGCCAGCAGUUCGACUCAGUUCUGGCGCCAGCCGGCUCACAGAUUGAGCCCAGCUCUGGGCAGAAAAGUCUGGACAGUUCCAGCAGUUUGCCAGGCGGUAAGGCUGAGGUGCCAGGCCCACUUCCUGUGUCGCUGGCCCAGCUCCAGGACCCAGCGACCUUCACCAUGGGGUCUCCAGACGCCAAGAAGAAGAACAAGAUCACCAAAGCCAACUUCAGUCAGGCCCAGGGGUCUCUCCAGUCUGGGACGGCUGACCCCAGUGAUCCCCUGGGCAGUUUAGACCCUCUCUGGACACUGUCCAAAAAGUAAAAUCUACAAUGUGUGAAAAUAAUUCAAUAAUAAUGUGCCGUACAUUGUAUAAGUUUGACAAGAAAUCUCCAGAAAUCAACAUUUUUAUGGCCACCGUAAAAAAGUAGAUAUUGUUUGUUCUUGUAAAAAUACAAAUGGCAUUAAGUAUUGAUAAUUUAUACUUUUGUUAUUGUUUAACACUUACCUUAGUGGUCAAUUUUUGUCUAGAGAUAAAAGAUGCAAAUUGUAUGCUAUUGUAAGCCUUUGUCCUACAACUCUAUACUAUUAUGUGUAUUUGUAAGCAACAGUUGUACUGGAAUUUUAUCUAGGAUACAUAUCAUGAGUAUUAUAAAUAUUACUUAAUGGUUUGACUCCAAUAUAAUCUUGACAAAAAAUAUUUGACAGUCACAAAUUUGUUUGAAACAAGCAUUUUAAUUCUUUAUUUAAAAAAAUAUUACUGAUUUAAACAAUUAUAAGAUUAACCUGACAACUCAUUAUUUGUCCUUAUACAUAAUUAAGUUACAGUGAAUACAAUCUUGCUUUGUUUUUAUUUUAUUUUUUAUUAUGAGCUUUAUGAAAUUCCGAAAAAAAUAUUUUCAGUGUAAAAAAAAUCAGGCUAUUUUAUUUUUUGAGGGAAUUGUGAAAUAAUUAACAUACUCAUUCCUAAUCGUCUUUGCUGUUAUAAUUUCAGUUUACCAUUCUGCCAGAAAAACUUGUUCGCAAAGCAUUCCAUAGCUCAUUGCAUUACAUCAAAUUUUAUAUUCUGUCUGGCAAAUCACAUUGCUCAUUUCAUUACAUCAAAAUUUUCAUUGCAUCUGGCAAAUUACAUUUCUCAUUUCAUUGCAUCAAAAUUUUCACUGCAUCUUGAAAAUCCCAUUGCUCAUAUCAUUGCAUCAAAUUUUUCAUUGCCUCUGUCAAUAUCUCAAAUAUUUGUUACAUCCCACAUCACAUUGAAUCUGGCAACCCCAAAUUUUAAUCAUUGGUUGUGUUAGUUGUUAUAACAUUACUAGUUUUUUUUUUUACUACUGUAAAAUUAAAAACACAUGUAAAUAUGAUGGGUAUUUUUUUUUUCCUGUUCUGACUCCAGCCUUGUGGAUUCUGACCUAUAAAAUGUUAAAAUCUUGUUUAGAAUAAUUGUGGUUAUUUUGUCUUAACAUUUAUAACAGUCAGCAAUGGAUAUAUGAUUGAUAGAUUCCUUUAUUGAAAUUGUGUUGACAAACCUGAAGAAAAAAAAUGUAUGUGUUGAAUAAUUCAGCCUAAAAUCCAUGUACAAAAUUUUCAAAAUCUCCCUUGAUUAUGUGGUAAUAAUAUUUUUUUGUUAAAGUAAUCCA